AUGUUCGCCAGACCACACACAAAUGCAAGUAUUGUUGCGUCGCACAUUACUACAGCCACAGCAGUCACCACCAACACUCCCCCAACCGCCAAAGUCAGUCAGAGUAUUACGAACAGUAGCAACAAUUAUUACAAUAACAGCAACAACAACAAAUCCACCGCUCCACCCUUACAAUCCCUGAUUAAUAACAAUCAGCAUAACUCUAGCCUACCACACUACCAAGCCUCGCCCGGCUUGAAUGCUGGCGGCGGCGGAGGGAGUGCGAAUUCCGUUGGAAAACUUUUAAAUUCUGUAUCUGGCUUGGGGCUCACCAUGCCACAGCAAUUAAAUUCGAAGUCGAAAAAUAAUCAUGCACACCUGUUGCCACACCAACAUCAGCAGACAGCGAAUACGCUACAACAACACACACCGCAGCAACAGCGGCAUCAACAAACCCUCCCACCGCCAUCACGUCAAUCACACUCUUAUGCUCAUAAUAACAACAACAACAAUAAUCUUAAUCGUAACCUAACUAAUAACGUCGUUCCCAACAUUUCCACCAAUAAUCUGCAACAAAAACAAACACAGCAAACAUACUCUUCAGCCGCACCUCACACACAACUUCAUAUGAAUGGCGCACCAACUACAUCAACAAUGGGCGCUACACCACCACUGAAGGCGCAGGCACAGCCACAACAUAAACAGCAGCAGCACACGACUGCUAUUGCCAACAACAGUAGUAAAAUUAAUGGUCCAGCUUUGUCAGCAACCAGCAUGUUCUUUGUAAGACCAGCAAAUCCACCGCUGCACAUUGGUGAAUUGCCACCAUUUGUGCCGGUGCAACUCUUCUAA